AUGGCUCUUUCCACUAACACUCUGGAACCACCAGGGGUCAAAAACCCCUCCACCACUGGCUCAUCUCCACCAUUGCCAACCUCGUUCACACCAAUCUCACCCUCUUCGACACCUCUUUACUCGCAAGUAGCUACUCAGAACGCACUUCCACUUCUCAAAAAGCAACCUCAUGUUAUCUUCAGCUCUACAAAUAACACCACCCCAUGUACCUGGCGUGUAGGGUCCUCUAAGUUUUCAGUUUUUUUUACCAUCCCACCCAAAUCCUCACCCAAGUUUGACCCUUUCUGGAGAGCUCUUCUCUCAGCCUAUCCUUGCGAGGUUAACAUGGGCAUCACUCUUGGCUCACGCUCUUCCCCUGAUACAUUCGGCGAUUCGUCUUUCCCCGCUCAACCUGCUGUUCCCAUUGGCACAAUUGUUCGCCGUGUUUUCCUAACCAAGCUUCCUCGUGUUCCUUAUCAUGACCUGGCUACACAACUCGCCAAAUGUAUGUCUCCUUUUGGCAAAGUGCGGGAGAUCGCCAUUCAUGAAUCAUAUGGGUUUUUUGACGGUUCUGGCUAUGUUGUCCUCGCCAAUACACCUACCAACGAUGUGCCAUCAGAUUCUCUGACGUACCAAAUUGCAUACAACGAUACGCAAAAGAUUCUUGGUAAGUGGCCUUCCAUGGGCUCCCACUGCACCUACUGUAAGGAAAUGGGACACGACGUCGCAAAAUGCACCAAACGCCCAGCCAAAACUCGAAUGCGUUUUGGAUACAACAAGACCGGUCACUUACAAGCCAAUUGUCCAUACAUUACCGAUCCUUCCAAGACAUCCAAGACGUCCAACAAGUGCUUCCGCCACCCCAACCGCAAUUCGAAGCUCGAUCGCCCCAUCAUUGCACCCAAGCCUUUGAUUCCCACUGAGCUCUCACUCAUCUACGGAGGAUCGGAGGCCUCCAAGCACAACCCUCGUCAACCUGCUUUACGUGAGUUGUCUAAGCUGUCUCCCACAAAGACCACCUUUACUCUACUAACACCAACUGAGACGCCCACGUCCUCCGGCCCUCGUCCUCAAAGCCGUUCUGUCGACACCCCCACGCGUGGCUGGGACAAAGAGAUAGAUGACAGAAUGAUAACUAAUCUCAUGGAUAGAGAUGAGGCUCGGGCUCUCUGA